AUGAGUGAUCUUGAUCGUAAACUAGAUAACUUGACUUUAACAGAAACCAAACCAAAGUCACUUUUGUCCAGCUCCUUAGCUGGAGAACGUAGUAAGGGCUCAUUUUAUCUCGAAGAAAACAGUAAUAACAACAGUAAUAAUAACUUGGAUCCUUUACGAAAUGGCACCAAUAUUGACAGUAACAACUUCACCGACGAUCACCCCGAGCCCGAACUUUUGGCAUCUUCCGUAGGGAAAGAAAUGGACGGAAGAAUGAUACCUUCAUCAUCAACCAUCUCACUUCUUUCAUUGUCUGUGCAUCCGGAGACGACUAAAGUGACCACCGGGUUCAAUCCACUGCCUCAACAGCCACCACACCAGCAUCAACAACACUACCCCACUCAUCCUCAUAUACAUCCUCAAGGGCAAGUUUCUCAAUUUGGGUUCUCUGCUUUAGAUAGAAAGAAUUCCUUUAAUAACAUCUCCUCAAGGAAUUCACUUACGCAUUUAUAUCAAAAGAGAGGUGUAGUAGCACCGCUCACACCGACCAAUACGCAGUCACCUACAAAUAAUGUACCUUCAAUGUUCUCAAGCACAAGCACUACACAAAGUAUCCCAAUAAACAACAGAAUUCCAGUUUCAAUACCGGACUCACCUAAUCUCGACCCAACUUCGCUUGGAGGUUCUCCUUCUCGGUUUUGGUUGUCGUCGCAAACCCCACCAAGAUCACUCGGAAAUUCAUUAAAUAGCAGUUCUCGCCAACUAUACUACAUGCUGCAGCACAGCCAGCAGCAAAACCAACCUGUGGUGGUUGCUCCGCCUCAGGACCGUUCCAACUACAUAGCAUCAAGCGCACAUACGACUACUGGCCCUAUUUCGAUAAAUAGGAAGAGAAGCGACGAUGCGUCGCCGGUUUUGAUACCCGUUCUGACUCCCACUGAAGAACCUCCCAUGACUCCGUUAUAUUUGAAUGGUCAACAGUACAACCAAGAGUACUUCGAAGUACGAGAGGAUGUAGACGAAAACAUGGAAUCAUGA